AUGCAGGGCACCCUUGUCGUCAAUGUUCCUCCCAUACGGCACACACCGUUCGUGUCACAGGCCUCUCAGUGCUGGCGAGGCGUCCCUAACUUCGCGGGACAGCACUGGCGCUUCGGCCUUCCGGCUGUGCUCUCCUUGGCUUGCGCUUCGAAGUGGAAGAGUGGCAGUGGGAGACAUAGCAAGAGCUCCUAUGGAGUCCUCGUCCGUUCCGCGGAGGCUAAAGAGGCAGAGAGGCCAGAGCUUCCCGAAAGGCUUGCGGUGGGUGACGGAGAGGAAGAGGACGAGUUCUUCCAAAAGACCUUUCCGCGCCCCGACCAGCUCGAAAAAAUUGUGGAUGGCAAGAAGUACAUCUUGGUCAAGUACAGCAAAAGCCCAGAGUGGGUACCUGAGGAGGAUGUAGGCGUGUACCGCUUCUCACUUCGGGGCUACGAAUCCAGAGGUGAUGAUGGCAAGUGGGUGUCUCAUGCACAAAUGCCAGAAGACACGUCUCAUCUGACGGACGCCCAGCGUGAGCGGCUCAUCUUAGAGUUGAGAGGCCAGGUGAACUUCAACCUCUCGGAUGGAACGGACGAAGACGGCUUUCGGCCACUCCCGAAGGUACCUCCUCUGGAGAGGUGGCCUUACUAUCAGAUCGAUGUGAGUGACCAACUGAACGUCUCCCCCGAAGAGCUCAACGACUUUCAGGAGCUAGAUCUCACCGAGGACCUUCCUCGCGCCUUCUUCCUGGCGAACCGGUGGAAACAGGCCAACGAGGCAAGGAAGGGCUCAGCCAUGGCCCUGUGGUGCUACAACAGUCGGAAGCAGAAGCUCUUGGUGGAUCUUUGCCUCGGUGACGACUGCAUGGACCAAGGCCUCUACGCUGAGGAGGUGUUGCUUCGAAAGCUCAUCUCCACUGCCCUUGAUCUUGGUGCAACUAAGCUAUGGUGCCGGAGCAGGCGGACAGAAAGCGGCAAGGUCUUUCUGCCGCCGCCCAUGCGAAGUCUCGGCUUCACGGCCGUGCCGGUUGAAGAGCAGGAGGAAGAGGAAUGGGAGGAUCUGAGUGCACCAGUCAGCAAGGCAGAAGUCUCAGAGGUCAUCCCGGGUCUUCAUCUGUGGAUGACAACACGAGACCUUGAAUCCUACAUGGGAGCUGCAAACACCUGGUGCGAUGAGAUGGGGGCCACGGACUUGAACGAGGUAGCAGAUAACAAGCAGGAGCUCGCCGACUUCCUGCAAACAGAGCACGGGAUGUCAGAAGACGAGCGUCAAAGGUACGUUCUCUUCAAGGGUGUGGUGGAGGUUACCUCUGGAGGUAGAUAUGUGUGCAAGUUGAAAGACGGCUCCAUCAUCGGAGAGGCUCCUGUGGCUUAUGGUGCUGAAAAACCCGAUGCCAGCAGAAUGCAAUUCCGACGUGACCCGGCCACAGACACAGCUGUGCCGAGUGUAAAGCUUUCGCGGACGCUGGAGUCCUCCGAUGGUCAUGCUGUUUGCACUGCAGAUGGAGGCUGCGGACCGCGAAGAUACCUGUUUUGCAGCUUCAACUACAGGAACGGGCUCGGUGAUCAGCGCCUGCUGUGGUUUCAAACAGCGCUGAAGCUUUCCAAGAGGCUCGGCAGGACUCUGGUCUUGCCGCCGUUUUGGGUGCCAGACGUUGAUGGAGACCGGUACCAGGAGAGAAAUGCGCACUUCGAGCCAUUCCAGAGCUUGUAUGACCCAGCAGCGUUUGGUGACUAUGCUUCCUGGAUUUCCUACACGGAUUUCCGAACCCAAGCAAACGCCACGAUCGACGUGGUCUACAUGACUCCCAGAGAAGCGAAAAAUCAUCAUGGCAUCGAUUGUCUUGCAGGGCAAACGGUUGAGAUGCCCGAUGGACGGAUGAGCAUCUUCGAAGAUGGCUGGUGGUACUCCCGAAUCAAAUGCUUGGAAACUCGUGAGAUGAUGACACCAUUCUUGCAGAGUCGCGAGGAGGUCCUGGCAUUGAACACUCGCAACAACCAGGAACUCCCUGGCUAUCGAGUGGACUUGAUCCCGCUAGGAGAGUGUGGGAAGCAGUGGCCUUACGACAUGGCUUUCAACGCCACGCUGGUCGAUGCUGCUCGUAGUUUCAUUCGCGAACGGCUGAUGCACGAUGGAAGCUUCGUGGCUGUGCACUGGAGACAUGGAACGAGCAUGCACAAGGACGCCGAGAAGUUGGCUGACGAGGUGUCGUCCACACUGGACAAGCACGGCCUUAUUGUACGAAGAGCCUUUCUAUCGACGAACUGCAAGGAUGAGGCAGAUCUAGAAGAGCUGAAAAAGAAGUUGGGGAUGGAGAUUGUGCAGUUCGAGGAGGCUUCGUUCGCUCCGUGGCAACGAGCCCUCAUCGACAUGAUCAUAGCCAGUGAGGCGCCGCUGUUUGUGCCCUCGAGCUAUUCGAGCUCGUUUGCCAAGACCAUCCUGUUUCAUCGAGUCAAGGGCAGGCAGACCGUUGAGGAAGAUGUGCGUACCGCGCUGCUGAACGUCGACAAUCGUCGAACAGCCUCGGUCCGAUCCCUUGCGAGAUGCGAUGUCGCCAUCAUCUCGCGCUUUAGCUUUCACUCCAUCUUGGAGAAGUAUCCUUGGGAGAAGCGGAAGUUUCAGCGAGAGAUGAAGCACAAGCUGAUGGAGCUAGGGAAGCUCAUCGACGUGAAGGAUGACAUCAACCUCGAGCAGCAGGCGACCCAAUGCGAUGCACUGAAGCAGCUGCCCUUCUUCUCAGACAACAGCGAGUCCAUGCACGAAUUCGUUGCUGAGCUCGCGAUGAACACGUCAACGUACUGGUAUCAACCUGGUAAAGUUCUCUUAGAGGAAGGCGACAUAAACUGCGACGAGAUGUUCAUUCUUCUUCGUGGCGCCUGCGAGGUUUCAUCGUGUGGCCAGUUCUUGGGAAGGAUAGAGAACGAUGUGAUCGGCGAGAUCGGCAUUCUCGACCUGCUGGAGCGGCGAACAGCGACUGUCAAGACUGCCACUGCCUGCCAGUGUAUGAAGCUGUCCCGGCAGGUGAUGGUUCCGAUACUGGCCAAAUAUCCAGACGCCCGCCUGCGCCUGCUCGAGCUGGCGAGAACGCGUCUCACUGCGAUCAAUGAGGCGAUGAAUGGACCGCAGGAUGGCCCGGAGAGGGGCACGGUUGCCGUUCAAGACCUUUGCGGACGCCUGAAUCCUCUUUUGGUGGACGUGGUGCCUUCUUCCCGUUUGCUACCCAGCUUUGCAGCAUCCGCCUUGAUCGAGCAGGUACGUGAUCGGCUGCUAAUCUGGCAGCCAUUGAUCGCAGCUGUGCUCAUUUUCGGCACUUAUGCCUUCAUCAUCUGGAAGUCGAACAGGGCCGCUGAUGCCCGAGACAGACGGAUGGAGAAAGAACUGGAGCUUCGACGGCUCAGAGGCUUGCAGCUCGUCAGAGGAAAUGCAGGUGAGGAUGAAGUCGAGGCUUGCGCAGCAGAGCUGGAAGAAUUGAAGCUGGAUGAGAAAAGCGAAAGGGAGAUCGUUGGUUGGGGUACAGCCUCGCCCACGUCGCGCAGGUAUUCCCUGGAGUUGUCAUCCUUGCCCCAGACCGAUGUGAGCCGCGAGUACUUGCUCAUGCAGCCGGCGAAGACCGAAGUCGAGACGGAGAGGUCAUCGGGAGGCUCUGAUGACUCUGAGUGGGUGGAGUCCCUGGCAGUGCUAAUCGGCACGGUUGACGCGAGCCUGCUUGCCAUGAACCCUAUGUUCCAGGAUGCACCGAUCCCUCUUGUCUACGCGCUGAGCCAGCGCAUGGUGGACAAGAAGUUCGAAGAUGGAGAUGUCAUCUUGAAGGACGGAGAGGCGUUUCAGCCCGGCCACGAUUUCGUGUAUUUCAUUCUCAAAGGCGAGGUCGAAAUUUGGAAGGAUGGCAACUUCAUUGUCCUGCUCAGAGAUGGGGAAACGUUUGGGGACCUGGCCGCGCUGCGAAAGCUAGGGGUGCGGCAGGCCAGCGCGAAGGCGAAGGGCCAGGUGACCUGCCGAGCUGCCCCAGCCUCAUCUGGGACUGCUCGCAGCUCUUUGAAGAUCAGUAGUGACUGCCUGUGCGGAGCGUGCCAACAUGGGCAUCAAGCGAUGCAUGAAUGCUGGCAAUCUGCCUUCCUGGUCGCUCUGCUGAUCAUCGUUUCUGCAGGACGACCAACUUGGACGUUCUGGACCAACCCCUUUCGGAGACGAGCUGUGCCGAGCAUGGAAGACCUGGACAGCUUCUAUCUUUCUCUUGAAGGCAGUGCGCUUCCACGCGUGACAGAGAAUCCCGGCCCCCUGCCUUGCUCCGGGCAUUUCACGGGAAUCCUGGAGAAGGCCCUCGAUCGCUGGGAUGCUGGCGACCCGGCGCUGAAGCCGCACGUCCUUCACUCCACCGAGGAGUUCGUCACCAUUUACGACGGCUACCCGAAGGCUGCUGUCCACCUGCUUGUGCUGCCUCGGCUGCGGGUCGCUGGGCUGGCACAGGUCAAGGAGGUGCAUCUACCCAUGAUCAGGCGACUAUCAGUCUAUGUGGCUUGGAUCAUGGAGACCUUAGACAAGUCCGGCGCUGGCUGGAUGCAUGGAAUCCAUGCAGUGCCGUCGCUGCGGCAACUGCACGUCCACCUGCUGACGUUGGACAUGAAUACACCAGCCAUGAAGAAUGCCAAGCAUUUCAACUCCUUUGGACCACCUUUUCUAGUCUCUUUGGACGAAGUGUUAUCCACCCUGCAGGAAAAGGGUGGCUUUCCGGAAAGGUAUUUGGAAAGUCUUCACGAGGAGAUGAAGAAGCGAUCUCUUUGCUGUCAUCGUUGUGGCAUGAACUUUGGACGCAGCUUUGCCGAGUUGAAGAGGCACCUCGCUGCAUGCAAGAGCGAGGCUUCGCCGCCGUGGCCACCUCCCAGGUUGUGGCGGGCGGACUCCGCUGCCAAGGGCACCAAGCGCGAUCGGGAAGGCGAGGUGAUCGACGUCUCGGAUGGCUGA